CAGAAGGGUCAAACUGAUGAUGGGUCUGAAGUUUUUGCUACAGUUUUCAAGCAUCUUGUGUUUGGCCGCAGCAGCUUCAAAUCAGAGCUGUGGGAAGCGGAAACUGGCAGGGCCACCUGGGGCAUCCCGGAUAAUUGGUGGCCGAGAUGCCCCUGAGGGAGCAUGGCCCUGGCAGGCCAGCAUCCAGUUCCUGGGCACGCACUUCUGUGGAGGGACGAUCAUCAGCACCAAGUGGAUUGUCUCUGCAGCGCACUGCUACCACAAUUAUAUAUGGCACAGCAGCUUCUUGACCGUGUUGGUGGGAAUAACCAUGCUGUCCAAGCCUGGGCCUCAAUCCCAGAGACGCGGCGUCAAAAACGUCAUCAUACACGAGAACUACGACUUCAACUCAUCCAACAACGACGUGGCGCUCCUGAUGCUCAAGAGCCCCCUCGUCUUCACAAAUUACAUCCAGCCGUGUUGCGUUCCGAUGAGCAUGAACCACCAGGUUGCCCUAAACCUGAGCAACUGCUUCAUCACCGGCUGGGGGAGCAUCAACUACAAAGGUGGAGCAGUGGACAUGCUGCAGGAAGCUGAGCUGGAGCUCAUUGAGACGUUCAGGUGCAACCAGAGACACUGGUACAACGGGCUGAUCACAGAAAACAUGCUCUGUGCAGGAAUGCUCUCUGGAGGAGUUGACACUUGUCAGGGCGACAGCGGAAGUCCACUGCAGUGCUACAGUGAGAAAGACGACAGAUAUUACCUUAUAGGAGUGACAAGCUUCGGGGAGAACUGUGGACACGCCCACAGACCAGGAGUCUAUUCGAAAACCAGCGCAUUUGGAAAGUGGUUAGCAGAAAAUCAGCUGAAAGAUAGAGCUUCUUCACACAGGCUCUUCUGCAGUCUGCUCUUAGUUCCGAUAUUUGCUGCCUUGACGUUAUUCUGAGACAUUCACUCUUUGUCUUGCAAAAGACAGAAUCACUAAACCACUAUGCAAACAUGA